AGUUGAAACAGCAAAUAGCAAAAUGAAAGAGGAUCAUGAAUCUAAUUUAAAUGAAAAUAUAAUUGAUGUGAAAUAUAAUUUUGCUACAAAAGAAAAACAAGAAGCUCGUUCACUUUUACGUGAACGUUUCCUGAGAGUAAUUACCGGUGUCGUUGGUAAAGAAACAAAAUUUUUUAUGCACGAAAAUACCAAAGUUUCUGCAGAAUUUCGAGGAUGUGACACCGAUUGUCUCGAGAUAUUUGUUCGUAAUUUAACAACACCUCUUGGUAAAAUACCGGCAGCAAUUCUUAGAUCAACAGAUAUUAUUUUUAUGGAAAUUGAACAAUUAACAUUUUAAAGAAAAAAUGGAUAUAUUCGAAAGAGCAUUUGUCUGUUGUUGUUGCUGCUGUGCUAGGACUUGUUGGGCACUAAGCAUCCCCAUUGGAUUUGAACUAACUCCUGUACCAACUCCAGGACCAAAUUGUUGAGGAUUCACCAUUCCUGAAAAAUAAAUAUUAAUUUGUAUAUACAUAUAUCUAGUAAAUAAAAUAAAAAAGAAAUUUUUAAUA